AAAAUGUUGGGUGGGCAGCGCCGCCUACUGUUGCUAAAAGCCCUCGUUGGCCUCAGGUGAGCCCUGCAUUCAUUCCGAUAAGCAGGUCGCACGAUCCAGCAUGGCGACGGCGAUCAACGAUGAGAAAUGCACCGUGGAAGAAGCGGUGCGCGCUGCUGCCUCGACGGCCUCCGCAGCGGUGGACCCCAAGAAGGAGCGCGAGAUCGACGAGGUCAUGGAGUUCCUCAAGUUCAGCGUCAAGUCUAGCACGAACUUCGGCGGCACGAUCUUGUUCAAGUUCAAGGACGCGGACGACGCUGAGCCCAAGACCACGUACGCUGUGGAGAUCAACGACACGCGGCAGGUGUAUACGCGCAAAAACGCAAGCGCUCGUGACGAGCGCCCCACGUGCGAGGUGACAAUCUCCAUGGACGACUUCCUCUGGAUCUACUCGGGUAAGGCCACCAGCUCCGACCUGGCCAAGCUCUUCUACGCCGGACGUGUAGCCAUCAGCGGCUACGCCUUCCGCACGGUCUCCAAGUUCGCGCAGAGUUUUGAUUUCUCGUCCGAGAAGUGGCGCAGUUUCUACGCUUGGCAGAAAGCGCAGGACGAAAAGAACGACAGCAGUCGGUCGCCCAGCGCACUGGAGGAGGCAAGGAACGUCGGUUCACCUUCGAGAGAUUACUGGUUCUUCCAUGCUCGGACCAUUUUGGACAGCUACAACGUCACCAGACUGCAGCGACUGCUCUGGGAGACCUCGCUGGCCAGUGUUUUCGGAGGGAAGAUCGUUUUGGAGAGUGUGCGUCGCACAACCGCACAGGACAGGAAAGUCGCAACUGGCAGGUUCAGCGUUAUUGCGAGUGUCGUGGGAAACGCAGGCCCCGUGUCUGCGGUCUUAAAGCGCCGCGCGACCGCCGCCAUUACGCCAGGUCAGCUCCACUAUGAACGAGAACUGCGCGCCCAGCUAGAGAGAUAUCUGCGUCCCUGCACAAAUCAAUCGGCUGCAGUCGUCGAGUCGUUUGCGGUGGGCAACCCCAACCAGACAGCGAGCGUCUUGUUCGACUUUUUCAGUGAGGAUUUCGUCCAGGCUGUGAAGCUCAGCGCCAAGGAGCGCCAGCAGCGUCGUCACCACCGCAACCGUGUUGAUCUGGGCGACGCUGGUAUGGAACAGUUGGACAAGUUGGUGAAGGUUAUCGGCAAGGGCGGCCACUCGAACCUGAAGCGUGACAACCGCUCCAAGUAUGUGCCUGCGCCCGAGUUGCUGCUGCGUGAGUUUCGUGUCAACGUGACUGUUCUCAUGGACACGUUGAAGGAGAAGGCUUCGGGCCGCAAGGCCCUGCACAAGAUCCCUGCGCCUGAGAUGGACUGGUUGGUGCGGAACGGACGCUCUGGUAGCAUGGUUAUUACAGAGGGCAAGCUGGACAAUGCCGCUGUGCCAUCACCAGCUUCUUCUGCCCUGCCCAACUUGCCGCAGAGCAUCAUUGUGGAAGUAAAUCGUGCCAAGAUCGCUCGCAACCGGAAGCGCUUUGAUGUGCCCAAGCAGCGCAUCAAGGCCAAGUUCGAGUCCAUUUCGCGCGAGCUGGCCAACCAGAGGAAUCCAGUGGUGUCGCACCUCGAUGAACACUUGGUGUUCUCCGACUACCUAUAAGGGACUUCUCAAGCCGCAAGUUGCCUCUUCGUAGCGAGCACCACCCUAGACUUUAGCAGCAGCACCAUCUCUUUUUUAUAUUUAACGCAAUUUUUGCGCUCCACUCUUACUUUUCUUCUUUUUCUAUUCGUCAAUUUCUAAUCAUAAUUUUUUUUGCAAAA